AUGGAGAAACACGAUGGUGUGUUGACUGAAGAGGACGUUUCCAGCUGUUUAUCCAACCUGGGACACUCUGCCACUGGACUAGAGCAUGUCUACCAGUUCCUCUGUGCGCCUGGUCGAAAUCUGAAUAAUGUAUCCAUCCUAUGCAAUUACGUCCACCUUCAAAAGCUAGAACUUCCUUACAACAAAAUAAAAGAUUUAUCCUGUGUAAGCCACAUGCCGUAUCUCAUCAUCCUGGACGCCUCCCACAACCAACUCACCGACUUCUUUGGAUUCCAGGCGCCCAAGAACCUCAAGGAGGUUAACUUUUCCCAUAACCAGAUGUCAGUGAUGACACAUUUGUCAGCCUACUCGUCUUUGAGUAAACUGAAUCUGGACUACAACUGUUUCAGUGAGAUCGGUGGUCUGCUGCAUUGUGACAGCCUCACACACCUCAGCCUGGCACACAACAAGAUCUCCUGUAUCAGUGGCCUGGACAACCUGCCAAUCAAAGACCUCUGUCUGAGGGGGAAUCAGAUUGAGAAGAUAGAGAACGUGGAGACUCUGAGAACCCUGCAGGUCCUGGAUCUGUCUCUGAACCGGAUCACCAGUCUGUCAGGCCUGCAGAAUCUCCAUCUGCUGGGCUCCAUCAACCUGGAGAGGAACCUGAUCAGUGAAAUCAAGGAGGCCACACACAUCCAUGACCUGAGCCUGCUCCGAGAGCUGAAUCUGCAGAGAAACCUAGUCCAGGAGCAACUGGACUAUAGACUGGCAGUGAUCUUCCUCCUUCAACACCUGACUGGCCUGGACCAGGAGAAAGUCACAGUAGAGGAGAAGGUGUCGGCUGUGAACAAGUUCGACCCUCCUCUGGAGGUGGUGGCAGCCAGGGAGCACAUGAGUCACAUGGUAUUCCAGCUGAUGCAUCCCCAGGUCAUCUACGAUAGCACCCUGCCCAGUCUGGACUCUCCCUACCCCAUGCUGGUGUUGACUGGGCCCCAGGCUUGUGGGAAGAGAGAGCUGGCUCACAAGCUCUGCCGAGAGUUCAACGACUUCUUCGCCUACGGAACCUGCCAUACCACCAGGGGUCCCUACUUUGGGGAAGAGGACGGGAGCGACUACCAUUUUGUCACGGAGGAAGACUUUCAGAACAUGAUUCACAUGGGUAAGUUCCUCCAGACGAUGCAGUAUGCGGGCCACUGGUAUGGUCUGUCUCGUGAGGCCAUAGAAGCCGUGGCCAGGGAGGGCCUGGCCUGCUGUGUGCACAUGGAGCUGGAGGGCGUGUUCAGUCUGAAGAACAGCCACUUUGAGCCGCGUUACAUCCUGAUGAUCCCCACAGACAAGGAGCAGUACGGCAGGCGGCUGAGGACCAGAGCUCUGUACACCCGGACCCAGAUAGACCGGGCUGUAGCCCGCGUGGAUACAUACGCCCUGAUCAACAGAGAACGCCCAGGCUUCUUCGACAACGUCAUCCCCUGUGAUGAGCCAGUGGAGGCAUACAGAACCCUGAGGCAGGUGGUGAAGGACUAUCUGGGAGUGGAGGAGCAGGGAGGAGAGGACCAGAGCACCACAGACACCCCAGACAACACCUCCACAGCAUCUGUGACAGAGUUGAAGAAGGACUCCUUAGUGGACGAGGCGCUCCCAGCCCCCUCCACCAGGCCAGAGACAGUCUUUAUGUCCUGCUCCGCUCCAGACAUGGACCCCUCGGACCACAACUGUAGGAAGUACUACAACAAGGUUCAGGUCCAGCUCACCCCACAGAAGACCUCAGCAGAGCUGGCCUCCAUCCACAGACGGCAGCAGCUGGUCAGAGAGGCUCUGAUGGGGAAGAGUCCCAGAGCCUACACCCAGCUCUUCAAGAGCUCAGCAGGGGCCUUCUCAGAGACAGCAGGGCCAGCCGGGUGUUCAGACCUGGGCUUGGACCCCACCGUGGAGCCCCUGGAUAUCUCCUCUCUGGGACACAACCUGGACAUGCUGAAAGAUCAUGUAGAAUCUGGCCACACUCCUGACGCCCCUCGCCCCGGCUCCGAGCUUCUCUCUCCGGGCGCCACCGCCACCAUGGCACGCCCAGGCUCCAACGCCAAACCCAUCCUGCCACCUAUCCUGUCCGGACGCAAGACCCCCGGACCCAGCCCUAAGCCCCAAACCCUGAGACAGGAGAGAGAGGGAGAGGGAGAUGAGGAGUGA